AUGGCAAAAAAUGACAAUUGGGAAGGAUCAUUGAGUUCACAAAGUACAGUAUCAUUACAUAAAAAAUAUACAAUUAUUAAUAAAAUUGCAGCUGAAUAUGUAGGAUGUCUUAUAUUUGUUUUUAUUGGAAGUGUAUCAGCUUUAAAUGGAACUACUGUUUCGGUGGCUUUUGCACAUGGACUAACAAUAUUUGCUGGUGUAAGUGCAUUUGGUGAAAUAUCAGGUGGUCAUUUAAAUCCUGCUGUUAGCCUUGGUUUGGCUUUAAGUGGUAAAUUUCCUUUGCUACAUCUUUUAGCAUUUUGGCCUGCUCAACUUCUUGGUGGAUUUUCAGGAAGUCUACUUGCCAGAGCUAUAUUAACAAGUACACAAUAUAAUUUAAUUGUUGGUGGUGCAACAAUGCUUAAUGUACAAAAUACAUGGUGGCAAGGACUUAUUACUGAAACAAUUUUAACCUUUAUACUGACGAUGGUCGUUGUUAUGACGGCUGGAGAAAGAAAAAACUUUUUUUUAGCACCAAUAUCUAUAGGAUUAACAUUAUCUUUGUGUAUACUAAGUUGUGGAUCAAUAUCUGGUGCAUCAUUAAAUCCAGCAAGAAGUUUUGGUCCUGCUGUGGCUUAUUCUAUUUUUGGAUCUAAUAAUAAAAUAGUUCCUUUAUGGAACCAACAUUACAUAUAUUGGGCUGGGCCAUUUACAGGAAGUGUUAUUACAGCAACCUUAUAUCGACUUUUUUUUAGUAGUCAACAAAAUGUUAGAGUAUUUUGA